AUGACUACUAUAAAACAUGAUAUCAACGAUAAUGAACGAUUAGACGAGUCUCCAUCAAUUGAUGAUCAUCAAAUUAUGACAAUGAGUGUUAAAGAAUUAAAUACAUUAUUAAAAUCAUUGAAACCAAAUGAAGCAGCAACUAUUAAACGUCGACGACGUAUUCUUAAAAAUAAAGGUUAUGCAGCAAGUAGUCGUCAUAGACAAACAUCGAUGGUGGGUAAUUUAUCUGUUGAACGAAGUGAAUUAUUGGAACAGAUCUCUCGAUUGCGACGUGAGAAUGAAGCAUUAUCACAAGAGCUACGUGGUUGGAAACAACGAUACUCUGAUCUUCAACUAUUAACAUCACCACCUGCCGCUACUGUUCCACAAAAUACAACAAUAAAAUCGAUUACUGUAAAAGAAUCAUCCCAUUGA